CCUCGGGAACAGUGGUGUCGUGGUUGCUGCUGUGUGGCUUUUCCCGCCGCGCUCGUACUCCCCUCUCGUGACUUACUUCGAGGGCUUAUGGCGGUGGUGGCAUGGGGACGGUUCUUCGCUCGGGCAUGGCUCUGCAGGAGAGCCUGGCAGGGCUGCAGCCGGCAGUACCGCGCCGCGUUUUGCGCCGAGUUGAAGCAGCCCCUGGCCAUUGAGAAAGUCGACCACCGCCCUGUCUGUCCUCACGAGGUCAGAGUUAAUGUCCAUUUCUGUGGAGUUAACUUUGCUGAUAUAUUGGUCUGCCGUGGUCAGUAUCAGGAAGAGCCCCAUCUUCCCUUCACACCUGGAAUGGAGUUUUCUGGGAUAGUAUUGGAGACAGGCACAGAUGUCAGCACAGUGAAAGAGGGGGAUCGGGUUAUUGGUGUGUGUGGCUUUAAUGGUAUGGCUGAAGAAUGCAUCACUGACCAGAAGUCACUGUGGAAGAUUCCAGAAGGGGUCGCCCUCCGAGAAGCUGCUGUCCUGCCUAUAUCUUAUGGGACUGCUGUUUUAGCCCUGGAGCAUCGGGCUCGUACCCAGCCUGGGGAAACCGUCUUAGUGACAGCAGCAGCUGGAGCCACAGGCCUUGCAAUGAUAGACGUGGCAACAAAUGUUCUUCAGGCCAAGGUAAUAGCUGCAGCCGGAAAUGAGCAGAAGUGCAAGCUGGCAAUGCAGAGGGGUGCGCAGUCCAGCGUGAACUACAGUCAGGGCAGCCUGAAGGAGGCAGUGAGGAAGCUGGUGGGCAGUGGUGGGGUGAACGUGGUCAUCGACACCGUGGGAGGAGAUGUCUUCCUGGAGGCUCUCCGCAGCCUGGCCUGGGAGGGCAGGAUUGUGGUGGUGGGGUUUGCUGGAGGAACCAUUGCUUCUGUGCCAGCCAACGUUCUACUCCUGAAGAGUAUCUCUGCCACGGGGAUGUCCUGGGGCCAGUACAAAAACAAGAACUUCUCCCUCUUCUCCAGUAUCCUGUCCUCGGUGCUUCGGUACUGCCAGCAAGGGCGCAUCCAGCCUUACAUUGGAGCGGAGUUUAAGCUGGAGGAGGUCAAUGAUGCCUUCCUUCACGUGACACGGCGCAAAUCCACUGGCAAGGUGCUUCUGUCUCUGAAAUAAAUCCUCACCUCAGCAGCAAACUCAGCUUGUCCAAAUCCAAACUCGCCCUUUUUCCAAGGAACCUGAUUUCCUCCUGAGUUCCUAACGGUACCACCACCUUCCUUACUAAUCCAGCUUUAAAAUCUUAGAGUCACCCUUGAUUCUGUUUUGUUAUUGCUCAUAAUUAGUGUGAUCAUAGUUUAAUGUACAAACUUGAAACCUUUUUAGAGAGAGAUGGUGAUAUUAAGAAUUACACCAGGAACCUCAACAGCAGAAAGACAAAUAACCCAAUUAAAAAAUGGGCAAAGGAUAUGAACAGGCACUUUGCCAAAGAAGACAUUAAGGCGGUUAAGAGACACAUGAGGAAAUGCUCAUGAUCAUUAGCCAUUAGAG